AGUUGGUGGGGAGGGGACUGGAGGGAUGAGGAGCAGAGGGAUGGAUCUAAACGUUGCUGGUAUGCAAGGAAGAGGAGGAACCACUGUAGGCAGUGAUGCUGCUGCUGCUGCCACUGGUGCUGCUGAUGCUGCUGCUGCUGCUGGUGCCACUGGUGCUGCUGGUGGUGCUGGUGCCACUGGUGCUGCUGCUGGUGCUGGUGCCACUGGUGGUGCUGGUGCCACUGGUGCUCCUUCUGCUACUGGUGCCGCUGCUGCUGCUACCAUGGGUGGUGAUGACGACAUUUCUGAUGCUGGUGCUGCUGGUGGCGGUGCUGCUGCUAGAGACAGUGCCACUGCCAGUGGUCCUGCUGCUUCUGCUGCUGCUGCUGCUGCUGCUGCUGCUGCUGCUGCUGCUGCUGCUGGUCCAACCACCACUGCUGCAGCAGCAAUGGACGUUCAUACAGAAGGGAGCGAGGGAGUGGGGAGGAGCACGGGGGAGGGGAGGAGCACGGGGGAGGGGAGGAGCACAGGGGAGGGGAGGAGGGUAGGGUCACUAGGGAAAAGAGGAAGGGAGCACCAUAAGGGGGAGCAGGAGGAAGGGGAGGGGGAGGGGGGCAGUCCAACUAGACCAGGUUCUGCAGCAAAGCAUGCAGCAGAUACUAGGGGCCUUACCUUGUGUGGGUAACUAUGCUCGCUUGGGUGGUAAGUAGCCUGGUAGGCUAGUGCAGGAGGUAUUAGAGGGCCUUGCUUGGCUGGUGAGGUGAGGUCGCGUGUUACAAGGGGAGUGCAGCGUUGAGGGGGUGCAAUAGAGUCUGAAAAUGGGGUAUCCCUCUGGUAUAUGUAUGCAAUGAUGGCGCAUUUUAAUUCCACGAAUGAAGGCACUUGUGAACUGCUUUCCUUGUAGAUUUGAGACGUGUCACGUCUGUCUCCGUAUUGGCUACGGACUUCCAUAUGCUUGUGGACUAUGUGAGUUCCUGCACUUCUUACCAGUUGUGCAUGACCUUGUGCAGUGCAGAAUUAACGCAAGUUGGUUCUAGGCGGUUCAAUUUGGUGUGUUUGGUAGGGGACUGUAGGAACACACUGUCGUGGCAUUGGGAUAGCCCUGU